UGUGAGAAUUGUCUCUAUUCAACAGUAAAUCUAUACAAGAUCUUUACAUAUCCAUAUGAAAGACUCUUAGAAAAGAGGUUUGUUCAAAUCCACAUUUGUUUUUUUUUUCAACCACAACCAACAAAAUGGUGAUGGAAUCCAAUGAAUUGCUGACUGUAUAUCCAGUCAGAACAAAAUAAUACUGGAUUUCCCUGGAUGUUUCUCUUCUGUAUCGCCCAACAUCUGCAUGUUGACUCUUGUUCAAGUCCCAGACCCAACUCAGCUACAUAACUGUGUGGAUCAUAUGAAGCAUGUUGGGGCUGUUCUCAAUGUUUAGGCUUGGCUCUGAGUUCCAGAAGCUUUUUUGGUUAUUGAAGAGACAUCUCAGGCUCCUGCAGAGGAUCAGAACUUAAUUGCUUAGAACCGAUCAGAGAGGGCGACUGCUGCAGGUGAUGCUCAGUUUGUACAUGUGAGUGUCAAGCACAUUUCCAAAACAAGGCCACUUCGCGAAACCAGUUUAUGCUUUCUAUGGGGUUGGUCCGCAAGGUGGUUACCUGACUGUGCUCUUCCAGUUCUUUGUUCCUGGGUGUCCCGACAAUCGGACAAAUCUGUUAGCCACACUGUAGGCAUCCCUUACUAUAUAACUGAACCAUGAGCUGUAUCUUAUCCACUGCAUUAGCAACAACUUUUACUUUGACAAUCUAUGGUUCUGUUCACAUCUCACGGUUCUCUAUAAUCGUGAACUGUGUACCUUUAGCUUCAGAAGCAAUAACCUCAAGAGUCACAGCUAAAUUCUUUACGAAAAAUUAUCUUACCCAGCCUCGAACAAUAAUUCGGAAGUAUCAGGCAAGUAUGCUGCAAAUGUCGACUCUUGGGCUAAUUCUUCUAGUUUCAUGUAAAUCUCUUCAGAUUGAAGAUGUGAUUUGUCUCCAGCAACAAAUUCAUGAGCAAAACCGUUUACCUCAAUUAAACUAAAGCCUGGUGUCUUCUUAAUUGCAACGUCCACGAUCUUUCUUCUCACUUCUCGCAAAUCCUUCCAUCUUUUGCAACCUGCAUAUAUAUUGCAUAACAAAGCAUAAACAGCCCCAUUAUCAGGUUCUAACUCAAGGAUUUUCUUAGCCGCCAAUUCAGCCAUUGGUUCAUCAUUAUGAAGUCUAGAAGCCCCAAGUAGAGCUCCCCACACAAUCGAGUUUGGAUUCAUUGGCAUUUUCCUUAGUAUCUCAUAUGCUUCCUUAACUAGCCCAGCUCGACCAAGCAUGUCAACCAUACAUCCGUAAUGUACUAAACUUGGCUCAAUUCUAUGGUCGCUUCUCAUCUUGGCAAAAAAUUUCCUUGCUUGGUCUACCAUACCACUAUGGUUACAAGCAGAGAGGACGCCAAGGUAAGUAAUGUCAUCUGGUUGUAUUGACAUGUCUUGCAUUUGAAAGAAAACUUUAAUGGCCUCUUGACCUUGUCCAUUGUUGGCAAGACCAACAACCAUGGCUGUCCAUGUGAAUUUGUCUCUCUGAUCCAUGUCAUGGAAAACCUUCUGUGCUUUCUCAGAACACCCACAUUUGAAAUACAUAUCGAUCAAAGCAUUCCCCACAACAACAUCGUUCUUGAUCUUGUUUUUGUCUAUGUAUGUCUUAAUCCAUUCACCUAUCUCCAAGGAACCCAGAUGAGCACAAGCUGUGAGAACACUAACCAUGGUGAAUUCAUCGGGUAUCAUACCUGCACUUUGCAUCUCUCGGAAUAUUUCCAGAGAUUCAUUGAAGCAACCAGCUCGUAGGUAACCGUCAAUCAUAAUAGUCCACGAAAUUCUGUCUCUCACUGGCAUCUGAUCAAAAUAUGUCCUUGCCAACUUCAGAUUCCCUCUCUCAACAUACCCUUUCACGAUAGAUGUCCAAGAAAUCACAUCCCUAGCUUUCAUACUCCUGAAAAUCCUCACCGCUAUAUCCAUUUCCCCGCACGCAGCAUAUGCAUUGACCAGAGCAUUUUCCAAUCUCAAACUGGGUUCAGUCUUACACUCACUAACAUACUCAUGAACCCUUUUACAGAGAUCCUUAUCUUUCACCUUAGAACAAGCCGAGAGAACAAGAAGUAAGGUAACAGAAGUUGGAGAAACCAAGUUCCUCUCCAUCUCCACUAAAAGCUCAAUGCUUUCUUCAUACUCUUUCAUCCUGUUGUACCCAGAGAUCAUCAAGUUCCACGAGAACACAUCCUCUUUGCAUCUCCUGUCGAAAACCCCACGAGCCAUAUCCAUUAGUCCACAUAAAGAGUACAUUUUCACAAGAGCAUUCUGCACAUAAAGAUUAGAACCUAAUCCAAAUUUCACAACAUGGCAAUGCAGCUUCUUACCACAAGCCAAAGCUCCUCCAUCACGCUUAAGACCGUUCAACAAGAAAGGAAACGUGUGGCUAUCCGGAGUCACACCUUCCUUCAACAUAUUCAAAUACAAUCUAACUCCUUCACCAUCACAAUCCACCUUUGACCAACCUUUGAUCAUAUUGUUCCACACAACCACGUCUGGUUCAGGUAUUUUCACAAACAGCUUGUAUGCAUAACUCACAUGGCCACCUAAACGACUACACCAGAAGACAAAGAGCUUCUUUUGGAAUGUUGGGUUUGGUGCUACACCUCUCGUAAUGCUUUGUGAAUGUAAUUGCUUGAAUUGGUCCGUCGUUUUGCAAACUCCAAGGAUAGAGAUGAAACGAGAGUAAUCAUUGGAUAUAGAUUCUGUGAUCGUUGACAUGAGCAGUGCCUUGAAGAUCGAUAGUUCAGAGUUAAAAGGAGAUUUUAGUGGGUUUCGCAGAAUCAUCUCCAAAAACACAUAAAAAUCUACAAUAAUCAAAAGCGAGCUCGGACAGUGACGGGAGGACUCGGCCGUUAUGUUUAUUGUUCUGUCGUCUCCUCAUAAUCGGUCGAACCGAACCGGGUCGCAUUACCGGAUGUUCAACAACCAAGUCACUCAACCGGAACCAAAAAAAAAAAAGAGCUCAGACGGCACUUGCUAUCGUCACAGUUGGUCAGGACGACUGUGACGGCUUCCGUCACAUAAUUUGUUCUAUCUUCACCGCUCUUAAAGUCGAUCGAACUCGUGUCGCACAAAUUGAUUAAUACGCAAACCACUAGACGAGAGCGACUUGUUGUGAAAUUACUACUUAUCAAAUUACAUAAACUAAACUGAGAAAGCAAAACGGAGCGUUUUGACUCGGUUGCUCCAAGAACACAGAGAGAGCAAAUUUUGUUUGUUUGAUAGAGAGAGAUCGAGAAAGGAGAAGAAGGAAUCAAGAGAGUAGAAAGGAAAUGAAUCUAUACGCGCACGAUCUUUCUCUUCUCGAUUUCAAUUACAACGUCUCCGGUCCCUUCGGCGAGCCACUAUCUCACCGCUUCCUCUCUCCUGGCCCUUUCUUCCAAGGCGAAGAAGACGAUUACCGCCGUAAUACGAGCUACAGUCACGACGGAGCUAAUGGACGAGAACCGGACACAGAUUCAAGAGCAUCUCCGCCGCAUCGCCACGACGGGAGGUCUCCGUUACCUCUGGGAAUGGAUUGGAGUUCUCCUCCUCGUCAUUUGGAAGGAAGGGACACGGUUUGGCCACAUGAUCAUCGAACUGGUUGGAGUUACUGUGUCACUGUCCCUUCUUGGGUUGACCUUCCCAAGUCAAGCGUUUCAGAUCCUGCCGUGUUUUAUAGAGUGCAAGUAGCGAUACAAUCUCCUGAGGGAAUCACUUCUGCUAGGCUGGUACUUAGGAGGUUCAAUGAUUUCUUGGAGUUAUAUUCGUCUAUUAAAAAGGAGUUUGUGAAGAAAAGCUUACCCCAGGCACCACCAAAGAAGAUUCUGAGGAUGAGAAACCAGACACUUUUGGAAGAGAGGAGGUGCUCUCUGGAAGAUUGGAUGAAUAGACUUUUGUCAGAUAUUGAUAUAUCCAGAAGCGCUCUUAUAGCUACAUUUCUUGAGCUUGAAGCUGCUGUCAGGUCUUAUUUUAAUGAUGAAUAUCAAGAAACUGAAGAUACCUCUGGGGACAUUCCGUCACUUCUACCUACCACCAUCUCUGAUGUCCCUGGUAGUUCAUCAGUUACCAUAGAUCAUGACAAUGAUUCUGCUGAUGAGACAUCUAAUGCCUCAACAAUGAAGCAUGACGAAGCUAAUCUCAAAAAUCUUUUCUCAAGGAAUUCAACUGCUGUAGAUAAUGUGACUGAUUGGCAUGAGUUGAUCACAGAAUAUGGACUUCUAGAUCAAAGUUCUUUUCAGGAAAAAGUUGAACGUCUUUCUAGUACUAAUGGAGAUGCAGCAACUGGUACCGUAACCAGAGGGGGCAUUUCUAGUGGAGUUGGAAUUCAGAGGUUGGAUGGAAGUGAUAGAAAGUUUCAAGAACUGACCAUUGAAAGCAUUAAAAAAACUCAUGUAAGCGAUUUUGAGGCGUCAACUGCUGUGGAACCUGAUUUAGUUAACCAAGGCGCUAUGGAUAUUCAUGGUGAAGCCCAUGGAAACAUGUAUGGUGCAGUAGGUGGAGAUACUGAGACUCAGAAGGAUCUUGCUAUUGUAUUUCAGUCUGAGGAGCGACAUAAAUUAAAGAGGGUUAUUGAUACAUUAAAGCAGAGACUGGAAACAGCAAAAGCUGACACGGAAGAUCUUAUCUCAAGGCUGAAUCAGGAGUUAGCCGUUCGACAAUUUCUGUCAACAAAGGUAAGAGAUUUAGAGGUUGAACUUGAAACAACUCGAGAGAGCUGCAAGCAAGGCAUGGAGAAAACAGUCCUAGAUGAAAAGGAAAGAUUUACUCAAAUUCAGUGGGAUAUGGAGGAACUCCGCAAGCAAUGCAUGGAAAUGGAAUCGUUUUUAAACUCUAUAAAGGACGAGAAAACACAUAUUGAGACUGCAAAUGAGUCACUUGUUCAAGAAAAUCAGAUGUUGCUGCAGCAGAUCAAUGAUAUAAGAGAAAAUUUUGAGAAUUUUCAUAAAGAACACGAAGAGCUGGAAGUGAAAGCGAAAGCAGAGCUGAAAGUCCUCGUUAAAGAGGUCAAGUCUCUCCGAACCACUCAAUCAGAUUUGAGACAAGAGCUUAGCGGCAUAAUGAAAGAAAAACUGGAGAUGGAGAGAAUUGUUCAACGGGAGAAGGAUAGAGAAGAAACUGCAAAAAACGCAGACAAGAAGUUGCUGCAUGAGUGUGAUGUUCUACAAAACCGGCUUCAAGAAUGCAAUGUCAAGUUCGACAUUGAAGAGGAGGGUAAAUUAAUAAUGGACUCAUCAUCUCUAUCCGAAGCCAUCGAGCUACUAGCAACAUCCGAUAACCGAAUAGGUCUUCUAAUUGCUGAGACGCAGCUUCUCUCAGAGGAAGUGGAAAAGCUGAAGCUAACAUCAGGAGGGCAUCGUGGAACAGACGAUCUAGUAAGGAAGAUGCUGACAGAGGUUCUGAUUGAUAAUGCCAGAUUAAGGAAGCAGGUUAACUCUGUUCUUCGUUGCUCUUUGUCCGGACAUGGAAUAUCAGUCAGAGAAGCCGGAACAGAAGUAGAUGACGAAGAAGGAAGUAUUGAUCUAGCAAGAACUGUUAUGAGCAAGAUCCUUGAGAAAUGAUUUGAUCAGGUUUUUCGUGAAACUAAGCUAAUCUCAAAUGGUUUUAUCUUUCUGAAAAUACUGUUAAGUAUAAAUUUGCAAGAGUUUAUAUGUAAGUACUGUGACUAUUGUCUUGUAUGGAUGCGAUCUUACUCUCUUGAAUGGAAUGAAUAUAUUGAUUUGCAUGUUUGGCA